AAGUUGAAUUUUGUCAUAAAAAACGAGAUUUUUCAGUAAAAUAAUGACUUCCAUUGUAUUCUCCGUACGAAAAAAGUUUAUAUCUCUUUUGAACCAUCCUUCAGGGCUAAAAACUGUUCAUUUUUGGGCGCCAGCAAUGAAGUGGGGGCUUGUUUUGGCGGGUAUUGGAGAUUUGAAACGGUCAUCGGAUAAGCUCUCUGUUUCACAAAAUAUAGCUUUAACAUUAACUGGGUCUAUAUGGACUCGAUGGAGUAUGAUUAUUAAGCCGAAGAAUUAUUUAUUGGCUACAGUAAAUCUUUUUUUAGCAAUUACAGGAAGUGUUCAAUUGUUUCGGAUUUAUCUUUAUCGACAAAGCUUAGAACGAGCAAGUUCUAAAUGAAUGAAGGAGAAGUAGAAGGAAGUAGGAGGAAAUAUAAGGAAAUAUA